UGGGUGACUUGAACCCCCCUCCUCCCCCGCACCCCCCCCCCCCAGUGCUUGCCAAUUCCUUGCUGUGGCCAAGCUGGUGGCACUUGCGUGGUGACGGGCAGCAGAGCCACCAGCCUGGGGGCUUGCUCUUGCAGCUUUGCUGCUGCUGACCUCUGUGCAGGUGAAGAGCAGGAAGCCUUCAUUAGCCAAAUACAUAGCAUCCCCACACGACGAAGGCAUUGAGCACUGCCUCUCCCAUCCUUCAGCGAGAUCCCUGGGCUUCAGUGGGGAAACCGAAGGUACAAAGCCCUCCCUCUCACAAUCAUGGAGCACACCACUCAGAACCAGCUGGAGGCAUCACCCUCUUCAAGCACCGAUACAACAGAAGACCUCAAUGCCCAGCUACAUGCUGCUGUGAGAAACGAAGACAUAGAAAAAGUGAAAGAGUUGUUGGAGAAAGGGGUGGACGUGAAUUCCAAAGCAGACUCAGGUUGGACACCACUGCAGAGUGCUGUGCAUGUGAGUGAGGACCUGGUUCAGCUUCUUCUGGACAAGGGUGCUGAUCUGCAUGCGAGGAAGGACAACGGUGGCACUGCCUUUAUUGAGGCAGGGAUAGAGGGAAAUGUGACGCUGUUGGAGCUCUUUUUGGGUCUUGGAGUAGACAUUAAUGAGCAUGACGACAACGGAUUCACAGCUUUCAUGGAGGCUGCUUGGUAUGGGAGAGAGAAGGCCUUGAGAUUCCUGUACUGCAAAGGAGCAGAUGUGAAUCUGAGGAGGGUCGUCUCUGAGGAGAAAAGAAAACUAAAUAAAGGAGGUGCAACAGCAUUGAUGGAUGCUUGUAGGCAGGGUCAUGUCUCAAUUGUAAAAACUCUGAUCCAAGAUAUGAAUGCUGAUCUGAACAUCUGUGACAACCAAGAUAGAAAUGCCUUGAUCCAUGCCCUGAAGCACAGUGACAAUGAAACAGUGGAGUCUGCUGUCUCUAUAGGACACUUCCUGUUGGACUGUGGUGUUGAUGUGAACAGCAGAGAUGAAAAUGGGAAAACUGCCCUCAUCUUGGCUGCUGAAAUGAAGAGCUUAGAUUUGGUGAAAGCUUUACUGGAGAAGGAUGAAAUAGAUAUUGAUGAUGCAGAUAAUGAGGGCAACACAGCACUGAUGGUAGCUGUAAAGAAAAAAAAUUACAACAUAGCAAAGUUACUUUGUGAAAAAAGAGCAAGGACUGAUAUUGGGAACCUUAUAGAGGUUGCAAAUAGGAAUCGUGCUUCUGAGCUGGUGAAGCUUCUUCUGAAGCACAAUGCCAAGUUUGUUCCAAACCCCCCUACAGACUGGGAGCCAACCAGCAAACGCUGGAGGGACCACAUAAAAAAGCUUUAUGAAAUAUAUCGCCCCAUGAUUGGCAAACUAAAGAUAUUUCAGUUCAUUUACUAUAGGAUUCGGAACACUUCCCAAGGUAGCAUCUACCUGGGGCUCUAUGGUGACACAGAGGUGGCAGUAAGAAUAAGCCUCCGCCGUGGUGCAGAGGAUGACAAAGAGAAAAGAUUCUUUGAACAGUGUGGUAGCGGCAAGCAUUUACUGAAACCCUUUCAGUAUGAGGAGGCAAAAGGCUGCUUAUAUUUGUGCUUUCCUCUCUGGGAGAAAAACCUUGAAGAGUACUUGCAAGAAUCGGAAGAUGAAAUGGAUUACAAAGGCAUUCUGAAGAUGAUCUUCCAGGCAGUGAGAGAACUGCACUUGCUGGGAUUUGCUCACCAGGAUCUGUGUCCCAGCAAUUUUUUGAUAGAUUUAAAUGGCAAAAUUUACUUGGCGGAUUUUGAUAAUCAAAGAGUAUUGACUGAAGAGAAAAAGGAACUUGUAAACUCAGACCUAGAGGCCCUUAGCAAACUUGUACUGUAUGUGAUAACAAGGGGUAAGAAACCAUUUGAGAAAAUCAGUGCUGAGGAUGUGGCUGCAGGUUCCCCUGAUUAUGAGGAGGCUCUUGACCUUGUGAAAUCCUUGAGGGCUUAUGAUGAGCGGGGACUGGAAGAUCUGAGAAAACAUCCCUUUUUCUGGAGCAAACAAAUCAGGUUCAAUUUCCUGAAGAAUAUAUGGAACAAAAUCAAAGAUUACCAGAACCGGAAAACUAUUUUUAAAGACUUUAAUACUUCUGAACGUGUUGUUUACCUGCAGUGGACUAGGAAGAUUGACAAGGAGGUUCUGAAAAUCAUGGAAAACCCUGAGGGCAGAAUAUACAAAUAUGAGAAUGGAGUCCAAAACCUUCUGAGGUUCAUCAGAAACCUGGAUGAACACCCACAAAAAAGGAUCAGCGAAAUAAUAGGGGAUCAUGCUGACUAUUUCUUCAGGCUUUUUCCAGCACUGACCAUUGAUGUCUACAACUACUUACGCAAGCAUCCCAUUUUCAGUCACCUUACAGAUAUUCAGGACCCUUCUCUGUCAUAGUAUGUGUUUUACCUCAUGUCCCUUGGCUAAUCUCAUCUCUACCUCCUUUUAUUCCCUGUUUCCUCAGCUGAAGAAAGUGUGUAAACAGGUGGAGGGAGUGUAUGUAAGGACAGAACAUGGGGGGCUUACGCUGCUCAAGCAUCUCUUUCAUUUUAAAAUAUUUGGUGUAACAAACACAGGCUUUGGAAAGGAACCAAGCUGAGGCUCAGCCCAGGUUCCCCUUGACUCUGUCACUAGAGGCUUAUCUGCCUCUGAGAUGGAGAUAAAGGCCCUGGUUUUUACAGAGAGCAGGGAGCGUAGGGAGUAGGACAGAGCCCUCAUCCCUAUACACGUGGGAGGCAGGAGGAGAACUCAGGCAAUUGGAGACUUCCUUUUGCUCCCUUUGAAACCUAACAGCCAGAAGUGGAGAUACGUGGGCAAUCAGUGGCUGCAGACCUGCUCUUGGCUUGUUAGCUGAGAGCUGGCAGAGGUGUAUGCAGGUAAGCCUGUUGGGAUGUGAGGGACUUCUGCUGAGAGACGUAAGUAUUUCUGUGAGGAACGGAUGUAAGGAGAGUGAUUUCACAAAACUCUGCUGCUGUUAGUAACCCUGAUGGAUCUGAAUAAGGUCCCUGAAGCCAAGGACUGCAAGGACUCCUUCCUCUUGUAAAGGACAAGCUCAGCACAGUGCCCUUUAGAGAUGUUAUCCGCAAGGCAGGGCUACGCACAAAUGCUCCCUGUCCCCAAAACGUGGGUGCUGGGGCAUCACUGUCCCUUGUCAGGGAUGGCUCCUACAGGCAGAGCUGGCACCCAUACAGCAGUAGCAUGUAGCCAGGUUAGAGCUUUGAUGUUGGAGACUGGAUGGUAUAAAUCUCUUUUUGAUAUGUAUCUGAAAUCUAAGGACAUUCAAUGCGUGGACCCCUUUGUCCUAGUGCUUGCUUGUUUCUCUGUUCACAGCUGCCUUUGCCUUCACUCUGAGUUGCACAAUGAUUGUAUGUCAUUUAUGGAAA